CCGGCCGGAACUGGAGCGAGUCGACCCUGCCGCUGCGCCGAUGGAGCCGCCUGUCGCCGCCAGCCCGGUUAGAGUCACCCAACUGAAUGGGGCCGGCCUGGAGGGCUGCUGCCUGCCGUCCACCGCUCUGCCCCAGAGGCAGCCGCCUUUCCGGGUCCAGGAUGGGAUGCCAGCCCCUGAGCCCAGCCAGACCCGGGAGACGUGGGGAGGGAAGUACGAGUUCCUGCUCUCCUGCUUGGGAUACUGCGUGGGCCUGGGGAACGUGUGGCGGUUCCCGUAUCUCUGCUAUCGCAACGGAGGCGGGGUGUUUCUGAUUCCGUACUCCAUCAUGCUCAUCUUCACGGGUCUGCCUCUCUUCCUGAUGGAGCUCAGCCUCGGCCAGUAUGGAGCCACAGGACCUAUCAGUGUCUGGAGGUGCUGCCCGCUCUUGAAAGGGAUUGGGAUCGGGAUGCUAGUGGUCUCCUCGCUGGUCUCCAUCUACUACAACGUCGUCAUCGCUUGGACCUUCUACUAUCUGAGCAUGUCCUUCCAGAGCCCCCUGCCCUGGUCCUGCGACGCCCCACAGAAUGGCCCCCUCUACCAGUCUCAGAACGGGUCUCUGGCAAAUGGGUCCUGGGCCAGUGCCAGCGAAGCCUUCUGGAACGAGCAGGUGCUCGGGGUGGUGCACAGCUCUGGCCUGGGUGAUCCUGGCCCCGUGCGGCGGCCCCUGGCGCUGUGCCUGCUGCUGGCCUGGGCAGUCCUGUUCCUCUGCACGCUGAAGGGUAUCCGCAGCUCAGGCAAGGUGGUGUACUUCACUGCCACCUUCCCCUACAUGGUCAUAGUCGUGUUGAUCAUCCGGGGAGCCACUCUGGAGGGCUCCGCUGAGGGCAUCCACUUCUACCUCUCUGCAGACUGGAGCCGGCUCCGGAGUGCUCAGGUCUGGAACGACGCUGCCUCGCAGAUCUUCUACUCCCUGGGCAUCGGCUUCGGGGGCCUCCUCUCCAUGGCGUCCUACAACAAGUUUGACAAUAAUGUGGUCAGGGACACGCUGGUGAUUGCCCUUGGAACUGGCACCAGCUUCUUCGCUGGCUUUGCCAUUUUCUCAAUCCUCGGACACAUGGCUUGGCGGAAGAAGGUGCCGGACGGAAGGGUGGCCGAUUCGGGGCCUGGACUGGCCUUUGUGGCCUACCCAGAGGCCCUGGCCCUGCUGCCCGGCUCAGCGUUCUGGUCCAUCCUGUUCUUCCUGAUGCUGUUCGCCCUGGGGGUGGACACUCUGUUUGGAAACAUGGAGGGUAUCACAACGUCAGUGAUGGACCAGUUCCCGUCCCUGCGCACCUGGAAGCGUAAAGUCCUCUUCCUGGGUGGGCUUUGUUUUGCCUUCUACCUGCUGGGCCUUCUCCUGAUUACUGAGGGCGGCAUUUACUGGUUUACCCUCAUUGACGCCUACAGCACGAGCUUCGGACUCAUCAUUGUCGCCCUCUUCAUGUGCCUUGGCGUUGCCUUCUGCUACGGCGUGAACCAGUUUUGCCAGGACAUCGUUGACAUGAUCCGGCUGUCCCCGCCCUGGUGCAGCCAGCUGGUGCUGUACUUCAAGGCCUGCUGGGUGAUCUUCACGCCGGGGAUGCUCCUGUUCAUUCUCUUCUACAUCUUCCUGGACCUCUCUGGCACCAUGCUGCACUAUGGGGCAUACCAGUACCCGCGGUGGGGGCAGGCGUUGGGCGUCUGCAUGGGGAUGCUGACCUGCGUUCAGAUCCCGCUUUGGGCCGGCAUUGCACUCUGCAAGGAGUCUGGGACGCUGGUCGACCGGUUCAGGAAAGCCGUCCGUCCCCUGAACUCCUGGCGCUCCGCGAACGGCUGCGAACUGCCCCACCAGGCCAUUGACGUUCCCUACACCGUGAACCUGACGGACAGCAACUUUGCAGGGCGCUGGCAACCGCCAGGAUGCAGCGAGGCCUGA